AUGCCUCCAAAGGCCCCGAGGCUCACAGUAGAAAAAGAUGCACUCCCAUCCCAAGUACUGGAGAUCAUUGGAGGAAUCACUUUUGAGGCCCUCCAGAGCCUGGAGGAUCCUGAAGAAAGAGACGUGUGGUCAAUGGAGGAGGGAGAUGACUCUGUGUUCUACAGUGACGAGGACCGAGCUCAUCAGGACAUAAAAGCAAACACAUCUUGUGGGUUUGGUGCUAUCGACGGCGAGCUUCUUGUCAACAGUGUGGCAGCUGAUGAGGAUGAUACGGGGGAUGAAUGCACCAUGGACGAAGACAUCGCAGAGUUGGAGACGGAAGUGACUCAGAAGGUCAUUCUGAGUGAGAAAGAAGAGAAUCGACAAGAGCUCCAGAAAUCAAAAGCUGUACCCAUGGAUCAGUCAGAUCCUGCAGAACCAGGAGCACCGUCUAGUCUAACUGCAGAGAAGCCAGCGAGCACCUGUGCAGAAUCUCUAACCUGCACCAUUACAGACAUGCAAACGCAGCAAAACAUACUAGCAGAAAAAGCAAAUCUACCGGUUGAAAAAAUACAAGUGAAGCCAAACAGUGAACCCUUUUAUGAAACCAACGAGGAGCGUUGUACAAGACCGAGCAGGGAGGCAGACGUCCCAGAGCAGAAUUAUAGUGCUCAACUCCAGAUGUCCGGUGGCAGGCCGCUUCAAGUGGAGCUGGAGGAGGACCACACCUCCAAUGUCUCUGUGGGGUUUCAUCAAAACUCCAGUUCAGGCUACUCCACUUUGCCUCGGCCAAAGAAAUCCUCCAACCACCUCUCUUCCUCCAAAUACGACACCGCGUCCUUCCGCAAGAUCCGCAGAGGCAACACCCGCCAGAAGAUAGAGGACUUUGAGUACAUGAUCAGGAAUUUAUAAGAUGAUGGUUUUAAGCUCUUUUAAGAACAAUGUAAACUGCUGCACAUGAUCCAUAACAAAACUGACUGCAUAUCUAUACCACGUGGUACACAAUUUACAUAUUUAUUUGUUCUAAAAUGUGUACGUAUUGAAAAUAGGAUGAAACUCUCCAGGUCACACAAGAUUUCCAAAUAGAGUGCCAUUUAUAUCUGUUGUAUAGUAUCU